AUGAUGGCGGCAGGGCCUUCUUCCUACCGCAACAACAACAAUAUCGACACCAUCGCCAAAAAGAGCCUUCAGAGCACGCUGAAACUCAACCAUCUCCCUCUCCAGGCUGGUAAUAGCAAGCAAUCCGGCGCGGGGACGAUCGGAAAACUGCUGUCCGGGGAUGGCAAAUCGCGGUAUAUCGACAGCAGCCUCUGGCUCGAUGCGGAAGAAGUCGACAUGCGGGAAAUCUCUGAACACGAGGAAGAAGAGGAAGAACACGACCCAACAGCGAUCGGGCCCGGCUCACUGAUUGAAGAUCCGAUCUCGGGUGCGCUGCUGGGGGUUUCGCAUAGUUUGGACCAGUAUCAUCCCCGUCACGUGGAUGCUAUGAAGCUCUGGACGGUACAUGUUCACAAUGUUGAACUUCUUUGCAAAAUGCUGCAUAUCCCUACGACCGCCAACAUGGUCGAGAUCGCCUCCCAGCAACUGGCCGCAGCCUCCAAAGCAAACGAGUGUCUGCUCUUUGCCAUCUACCAUUCCGCAGUGUUCUCGAUAACAGACGAGGACUGCGUGCAGGAAUUCCGUCAGUCACGCACGCCGCUGAUGUCGCUUUAUCGAAAUGCAUUUCAACAGGCACUGAUCAAUGCAUCGUGGCUGAAGACUACUGAAAUGCCGGUUCUGCAGGCCCUUGUCCUUUUUUUGGUUGCGAUGCGCACGCAAAUGGAUCCGCAUACGUUUUGGAUUUUGACGGGCGUUGCAGUCCGGAUUGCGCAGCGCAUGGGGCUUCAUCGUGACGGUGAGAGUCUUGGUUUGCCCCCCUUUGAGGUUGAGAUUCGGCGUCGGCUCUUCUGGCAGCUUCUCCCCUUGGAAGGCUACGCGGGCCAGGUUUCAGGCACGGGGAUUGCCUUGGCCCCGGAUAGUUGGGACACCAAACAGCCGUUGAAUAUCAACGAUGACCAGAUCUAUCCCGGCAUGACGCAGCGUCCUGUUGAGCAGAAAGGUGCUUCGGAGAUGAUCUUCUGUCUGACGAAGGCGGAAAUAUCCAAUUUCUACACCCGAACAGGUGUGCGGAUGAAGGAAGUCGGCGCCUCGAUUCAAUUCCGCGCCAGUACGGAGUUGGAGAGUGCCAUAGACCGGGUCCUAGGGAUCAUCGAAACCAAGUAUCUGCGAUACUGUGACAUAGGGAACCCACUCCACUUCCUGACGCUGGGGAUCGCUAGGUCGGCGGCCAAUAUGGCACGACUGCGCAAUCGAAUGACGAAGCGGACCAACAUCGACGAUCGGGAAAGGAGAGAGCUCUUUCAUCUAGCGCAGACGAUUCUAGAUACCGACAGCGUUCUCUGCAGUAACCCCAAUCUAAAAAAUUUCCAAUGGCAAAUCAAGGUCUUCUUCCUCUGGGAUGCACUCUUGUGUAUGCUGACCAGUCUGGCCAAGGUUGGAUUUCUAUCUGGUGCCGAACUGAAUACCACUUGGAGGAAGAUGGAAAACAUCUAUUCUAAUCGCCCGGAAAUUCUCGAGGCGAGAAAAGGGGGAGCUCUUCACAUCGCCCCGGCCUUCAUCACGACGCUGCGCUCCUCGUACCGUAAGACGAAACCGAAGAUAACGGGGAGUCCAGAUUACAACAAUAUCAAUAACCCUAACGGCAACGACGACAAUGAUGACAAUACCACGAGCGAUGCAGUGACAGAAGAGAGCUUGUCCCCCUCGUUGGAUGAUAUUUUCUCGAGUUUGGAUGGGGCCGAAUUGGAUUUUGGGUCUGCGGAUUGGACGUUUUGGGAUCAAUUAUAUCGCUGA